AUUGGUUGUUACGGCACCUAUAUUGAAGGAGCUUAAAGCUUUUACGCCCGAGACAUUCGAGCUAAAGUGGGCGGUGAGUUGAGAUCCAUCGGAAUUGGGAGUAAAGUGGCUUCGAGUAUUCUAAACUCGGUUUGCUUAAAUAAUCUUUCCGAGCUGGUGCUCUACGUUAGUGGCGCUAACUGCAGUGCGCUGGAAUUGGUUGGAAAUUUAAACAUGCUUGGGAACUUGAGAGAGCUUACGGUGAAAUGUUCUAAGUCCUGUUGGGGACUUGAUUUGAGUGCCCUGUUCGGUAACGUAUGCGUUAGCCCGAAGUCAGCCCGAAUCUGGAGAAGCUCACUAUAUUUAGCAAUCGUUUUAAUGUGGUGACAUUGCAAUACUCUGACCUGCGGUCAUUGGUUCAUCUGGAAAAGCUGGAGACGCUAGAGAUGCAAUUCGUCAAGUUGUUGAAUGUCGGAGAAAUGAUUCGGUUGAACAAUCUUGUGGUUGUUAGUUUUUCCGGCUGCGAAGCGACCGAUUCCGAUGGGAACAGCAUAGACUUUUUCAUUGUGACAGAUAAGUCUAACGCGUUGUAGAAUAAUCACAAGACUGUGACCAUUUGCAUCAAGCGCACAUCAAUUUAUUAAACCUUACCUGGUAGGAAAUUUUACAUUUUAUAUCUUGUUUAGAUUUAUAAGAGAACACAGCUCCGAAUAGGAUGGUGGUGGACCUUUACUUAACCGGUUUCAUUUGCCAGAGACCAUCGUUGAGGUAGUGACAGUUCUCCACUCCCACGCCCUUGUUGACUUUGGCACUAGAACAAAAAAAAAAAAUAAGUGUCACAGAAAUAGGAAAGUUUAAAAAAAAAAACACUCACAUAUCUUCGGUGGAAAGUGUCGUCUGUCCGAUCGCCAGUGCGUGCUCUUUCCCCUCGGCCAUAAUCGCCACCACGGUGCCUUUGUCGACCGGAGUCAUACAGGCCCCCGGUGAGGUCAGCCCCGGGCACAUAAUGUUCGCUCCGCUCAGCACGAACCGGAUGGCACCCUUGUCAACCUGCUGCAUCGGCAGGAAGAAGGGAAACCUGUGAAACAGCCGCAACGUUGGCAUCCACGAGCCCUCCCGGUGCCGAAAGAACAGCUGGUCGCCGGAACUGCUCACCAGGAUCUCGAUGUGGUCGUGACUACAUGGUAAAUAAAAUUAAUUUGUUUUUGUCAUCAAAAAGCAGCAAGGAAAGGUUACCAUUUUACGAUGCGAAACUGGUCCUUCUUCGGCAGCACCUGGUCAAUGUGGGUCUCGAUGUGCGGAAACUGCUCAAGCAGUUUAUUCCGGAUGCCCUUCUGCACUGAGGACUUUAGCUGUUGAACACCGGAGAUGCUCUCUUUUUCGUCGAAUCUGUCAGGGUGCAAAAAAAAAUCAAAUUUUCUACUAAUUGUAGCGACUAGCCACUCCAUUUGAGCUUACUUUUUAAACAUCCUGUACUGUUGUCCUGUCCUGAAUUCAAAAACUUUUCGGUGGAACAGUUUGUAAGAUCGAAAUAAUUACAGGAUGUUUUGGAAUACCGCACCAAGACCGCCAGGCAAGCUGCAUUCGGUUCCGUUGACGUUUGCUGUUUUUUUUUUUGCUGACGGACAAGCACGGAAAAUGACAGACGUGAACGAAGAAUGAUGUUCGUCAUUUGUAAGGUUCCACAGCCGGCUGUGUCAAAACGUCAACCGAUUGUAAACAAGAUAUAAGUCGGGUAGAAAAAUUUAAACUUCUCGAUAAUUUAUACCAUUAGAGUAACAAACUGAGAAGUUCUAUUUCAAUGGAUAUUCUUCAUCCGCACAUGCUUAGUAAGCAGCAGCUGUUGGCAAUAUUUCAUCAGCGUCACUUCCACAUUCCACGCCUGGAGGAAUUAAGUCGUGAUGAGUUAAUCGAACUCUACAGUAAGCAUCUGCUUCCGUUACCCCGAAGGGGUAGCCGUCCCAAUAACCAAUCGUCAGAUGUAGAAAUGAAAGACACUUCGCGUCCCACCAGCAGUUCAAAAACACCCUCGCCAAACGUCCGGCAGCGAAUUGUAUACUCGGAAACUGCAAGCCCACCGGAAACAGUGGACAACGUCAGUCACGGAGUGAAAAAGAUUCGCCUAGUCUCCCCUGCUAAUGGUGUUAGCCUGAGUACAACACAGAAUCAACCAAGCAACGGUAAACGACGGCUGCCGGAAGUUAGUCCGAGUCGAGGGGUUAACUGCGCACCUAGCAGACCACUGCAGACUUCCAGCAAGCGACAGAAAAUUACCUGGCCGUAGGUUGGAGUUAAUGGUAUGUUAUUUUGAGAUUACCCUGGAAGUAUGUAAGUUUUUACUCCCUCUGUACUGACGUCAGUAUUGACCAUUAGAUAAGAUGAAUAAUUUAGAGCAGA